AUGGGCACCUAUUUCGCUAGUCCAGGCGAGCAAUCGGCACAAAUUGGACACCACUACGGCAACCCGACGAACCACUUCUGGAGCUGUCUACACGAAUCCGGGCUUACUUCUCGUCGUCUGGACCCGAGAGAGGACCAUCUUCUCCCGAAAGAGUUCUCUAUGGGUCUAACAAACCUGACCAGCCGACCUACCGUUGAACAAAGCGAGUUGUCAAAAGCCGAACAAACGUCGGGAGUCCCAAUGCUCCUCGAGAAAGUCGCUCGCUAUCAGCCUCUCAUCCUGUGCUUCGUUGGGCUCGGAAUUGCAGAUAUAGUCAGAUCAGGAAUUGGCUCUGCGUCCAAGAACGACUUGAAAGGGAAAGCAGCAUUCGGUCUUCAGCCGUACAAGAUGGUUCAUUCCUACGAUGAAGCCGACCCUCACCAACAGCUCCGCGAUCGUUCAGGUCCCCCUGACGCUAGGGAUGCCUCGGAGACCCUGUUCUUCGCUGUCUCAAGUACCUCUGGUAGGGUUAAAGCUGACAAGAUUGAACAAUUCAAGCAACUUCGUGAUGUACUUCGAAAUAUGAAAACUGGUGCACUAGACACCUCAAAAUUAACUGUCAUGUCAGCGCCACCCCCUUCGACCCCAACUCCAAGUGCCUCGAAGGAUCGGCUAGAAACGGACGAAGCUCCCAAUAAGAUCAUGUUUGUCACUGAUAGAUAUCCAUGA